AUGGUGUGGAUGGACACUUUCGCGUUCACGAUAUCCAUAUCAACCCUGACGUUCAUCAGUUUCGACCGAUAUCUGAAAAUAGCUAAACCAUUUCGGUAUAGAUCGCAAAUGACAACAGCAACAUCGCUGAAAGUUAUUUUCAUUAUUGCUUUCAUUGCGAUUGCUCUUUCUACCUUCUCUGCCACGUCUUAUUCAGGAAGCUCCGGGUUUAUUGUAACUGAUUCCAUGAUGUGUCCGGCUGAUCGCAACAAAGAAAACAUUUUUUACGUUUGUUUGUCAGUUGGUGCCUUUUUCGUCCCUUCCACGGUGAUACUGGUAAUGUACGUUUCAAUUUUCCUUGUUGCUCGUAAGCGACGAGAAAUGUUACGAAAUGGAGUGCUGGGCCAAACAUUCCACAACCAGAAUAUGCGAAUAAGUACCAUUCGCCAGGAUCUAAAAGUUAUUCAAAUGUUGUUCAUUGUCGUGGGAAUGUUCAUAUUUUGCUGGGGUCCCUUCUUCAUUUGGGCGAUGUUGGAAAGUUUUUACCCAAUUUUUGCCGAUAACGACAAUAACUCGUUGAACUACUGGUAUCGGAUGGAAAUACUCAUUGCUACAAUCCACACUCUUCCAUUCUUCAACAGUGUUAUUAAUCCAGGAAAAAUAACAUUAGAUACUGAAUGUAUUUUACGACCGUAG